GCUGCUCUGUCUCUUUAUGCGAAGGGACCUUCAUGGCAUUAGUAACGAGACGGGAAAAGGCGUGAAUAAUUCUCGAGCUCUGCCUUCCAGGAUGGGGAAAAACGUUUGACCUUUAAGGAAAAAAGCAAGAUAUUGCUGCAAAGGGAUUAUUAUUUUUUUGGCUUGGUUCAAGACUUGAAGAAUAUAUAUACACAUAUAUAUUUGAAGUGUCAUACUUAACUUGCUAAACUAAGACUGUAAGCAGCACACUUUGGAGCAAUGAAGAAGUUCUUUGACUCUCGGAGAGAGCAGGGGGGAUCUGGAGCCGGUUCUGGUACCAUUGGGGGAAGCAGCAGCAGCACCGGACCAGGCAGUGGAUAUAUAGGCCGGGUUUUCAAUAUCGGAAGGCAUCAGGUGACAGUUGAUGAGGUUCUAGCCGAAGGGGGGUUUGCUAUUGUAUUCCUGGUGAGGACCGGCAAUGGGAUGAAAUGUGCCCUCAAACGGAUGUAUGUCAACAAUGAAUAUGACCUGCAAGUCUGCAAGCGGGAGAUUCAAAUCAUGAGGGAUCUUGCUGGACAUAAGAACAUUGUUGGAUACAUAGAUUCCAGUAUAAACUCUGUGAGCAGCGGGGAUGUUUGGGAAGUUUUAAUUCUAAUGGAUUUUUGCCGAGGAGGUCAGGUUGUGAACCUGAUGAAUCAGCGCUUGCAGACGGGUUUUACAGAAAGCGAAGUCCUGCAGAUCUUCUGUGACACGUGUGAAGCUGUAGCCAGGCUGCACCAGUGCAAACUGCCCACAGUCCACAGGGAUUUGAAGGUGGAGAACAUCCUACUCCAUGAUCGUGGCCAUUAUGUCCUUUGUGAUUUUGGAAGUGCCACCAACAAAUUCCAGAACCCUCAGCUUGAAGGGGUGAACGCGGUGGAAGAAGAAAUCAAAAAGUACACCACACUAUCCUACAGAGCACCUGAAAUGGUCAACCUUUACAGCGGCAAGCUGAUUACUACAAAAGCAGAUAUAUGGGCCCUGGGCUGCUUGCUGUACAAACUCUGCUAUUUCACUUUACCGUUUGGAGAGAGCCAAGUGGCAAUUUGUGAUGGGAACUUCACCAUUCCUGACAACUCUCGCUACUCCCAAGACAUGCACUGCCUCAUAAGAUAUAUGCUGGAGCCAGACCCUGACAAGAGACCAGAAAUUUACCAGGUCUCCUACUUUGCAUUCAAGCUAGCUAAGAGGGAAUGUCCAAUUCAGAAUGUACAGAACUCCCCAAUCCCUGUCAAGCUUCCUGAGCCAGUGAAAGCAAGUGAAGCUGCUGCUAAGAAGACCCAGCCAAAAGCCAGGCUGAUGGAUCCUAUUCCUACGACAGAAACAUCCAUCACCCCACGCCAAAGACCCAAAGCUGGGCAGACACAACCUAAUCCAGGAAUUUUGCCCAUCCAGCCUGCCCUGACUCCUAGGAAAAGGCCCACAGCUCAAGCAAAUGUCCAGGCACAAGCUGCAGUACCAGUGUCUUUGGCUAGCAGUCAGCCCUCAAUCCCUGCAGGUCUCCCGCAGCCAAAAGCUCUGCCUCAGCCGACUCAACCUCAGCCGAAGCAGCCGGCCCCCGUACAGCCGCCUGCUGCCGCCUGCCAGCCACAGGUCCCUCCGACUCAGCCCCAAGCCACUCCUCAGCACCAGCUCUUCUUAAAACAGCAGCAGCAGCAACAGGCUACGUUCUAUCAGCAUCCACCGGCAGCCCAGCAGCCAGUACAAGCUCCACCACAGGUGCAAGCGAAGCCUCAGGCACCUCAGCAGCCAGUGAAACCACAGUUCCCAGUGGUGCAGCAGGGAGUGGUCACAACAGUGCAGCAGCCGCCAGUGCAGAACUACAUCCAACAGCAGCAGCAGCUACUGACCCAGCAGGCCACCGUACAGCAGAAGACAGCUGUAGCAGCAGCCGUACAGCAGAAGCAACCAACUCAGAUCCUGCCACAGGCUCAACAAGCUGUGACACAGCCAGCCUCUACACAGGAUCAGCCGCAAGCACCUCCGCGUCAACAAAAGCCCCCGGCUACCCCUCCCUCGGCAGUUCAAGGGCAGAAGGUGGGCUCCCUCACGCCCCCUUCCUCCCCCAAGACUCAGCGAGCUGGACACAGGAGGAUUCUGAGUGACGUGACACACAGCGCUGUCUUUGGAGUCCCGGCAAGCAAAUCGACUCAGCUUCUCCAGGCUGCGGCAGCUGAGGCCAGCCUCAAUAAAUCCAAGUCUGCUUCAACUACACCCUCUGGUUCCCCCAGAACCUCUCAACAAAAUGUCUACAACCCUCCAGAUGUCUCCACCUGGAAUCCUUUUGAUGAUGACAACUUCUCCAAGCUCACAGCAGAGGAGCUAUUGAACAAGGAUUUUGCAAAACUAAGCGAUGGUAAACUUCCAGAGAAGCUCUGCAGCUCCACAGAGAACCUGAUACCGGGUUUUCAGCCAGCACCUUCUGCAACGCAAGCAGAUGCAUUUGGGUCAUCUUCUCUUGCAUCCGUACCAGCUGAAAAAACAAAAGAUAUUCUGGACUCUAGCCCACCACUUCUGGCUGUUCCUGAUCCUUUUAUUCCUCUUCCACUAUCAGAUACACCAGAAAAACUGAUUGAGGGUCUCAAAUCUCCUGAACCUGCACUUCUGCUCCCUGAUAUCCUGCCUCUUGCAGAUCCCUUCGGUAGCACCUCUGAUGCUGUGAAUGGACAAGCUGACCUAACUGUUGACAGUCUCAUACCAGGCCUCGAGGCACCCAUUCCCCAAUGUGUAUCAUCGCAGACUGAUACUAUGGCUGCAAACAGAACAGAAGAUACUAACCUGAUCUCGGGCUUUGAUCUCCCAGAGGGCUCUGAAAAACUGACAGAAGAUGAGUUUGACCCCAUCCCUGUAUUGAUAUCCAAAAAUUCACAAGGUGGGCAUUCUAGAAACAACAGUGGAAGCUCUGAAUCCAGUCUUCCCAACCUAGCCAGGUCUCUACUGCUAGUGGAUCAGCUCAUAGACCUGUAGCAGUCAAUCAGUAACAGAUGCGGUUUCUGUAACGUACCUAAAUCCAACUCUUUUUCUUUUCCCUUCGCGCCCCCAAAGGAGCUAUCUUUAGUUGUUGGGUGGCUUUGGUUUUGGUUUUUAUUUAAAAUAACCCUACAUAUGGAAGGAGCCCUCUGUUGGGACUUCUGUGUACUCCUUUACAGCACGUCCUUGAUACAGCUUGCCGCAGUUCCUUGUGCACCCCAGUCUCCUAGCCUCUUUUUCCAAAAGAGCACUACUGCUCAUUAACUACCUUGCUGCAACUUACCCCGUAGCUCCACCCAAAAAGCCCUUCCUGAAAAUGAAUUACAUGUAACCUUGCUAGAAAUGCCUAUGACUUGUACUCCCACCCCGCCCUCUGCCGUAGUCUAGUGAAACAAAACUGUACAUCAACCACUUUCUUUCAUUAGAAAAAAAAGUCAAAAGGACAAUGAAAAUAGUUUUGCCUUGUCCCUCUCUGAUGCAACGGCAUCUAUUGGGAAGGGUUUUGGCCCAACUUUGGGCACUGCCAAAAUUGGGCCCAUGUGACCUACCAAGUACAGACAAAAAGACUGUGCACUUUGAAAGAGAACGUUUGCUUCCUGACUUUUAGUGUUCCGCAACCUGCUUAGGAAUGGACUGUGCUUUUAAAAAUAAAUAUUAAUACUAUGGAAGUCAUCCCAUGCAAAUGAAGUUACAAGUGUAAAACAUCAUAACACGUAUAAAAAGCACGGCUGAGGCUUUUUUCUGUUGAAUUUAAUGUUCAGUUGAAGAGGGCAUCGUGGCAACAGAUAGAUACUCUUGCAGGUUAUGUCCUGUAGAGGAACGCUAAACUUUUACAUAUAUCAGAUUUCCCUGAAACUUCUCUCCCCCCCUUCAGAUUCUUACAAUAUAGCCAAAAUUGUCAAAGGUUGUUUUUUCUCAAUCCCUUUGGGUUUUUGCUGUCUCCCUUUGUAACUGCAUAUAGUGUUAACAUGGAGCCAAAUUUUCCUUUCCCAGUAGACAAAAUUACUGUAACCUUUAUUCAGAUCCUUCAGUCUUUGUAGCGCUAGCAUGCACUCCUUGUCAGCCAGUUGAGAGUAAGUGCUUUCCAGCUUAGGUGUUACCUGAAUGGGUUUUACCUUUUCUUUCCACCUUGAUAUGCUUGGUUUUGUCAAACUACUGGAUAUAGUAAACUUGUUCUCAUUGACUUCUGAUCUUCAAGUCCACAGUUAACUGUCACUCAAGAUGUUCUUCUGAAGAGAAGGACCACCCUUGCUCCGUAGUGGAAUAAUAGCUUAAUGCUAACUUUGUGUAUGUGUAUGUAGCUGUAUUAGUAAAAAAAAAAGUGCAGUUUUUCCCAUGUGUGAAGGUAUGAAUGAUUAAACUUAUAGGUGUAUCAGGCUCUCCUUGAAAGAGGAAAGACGUUUUGAUGUCCCCAAGUAUUUUUCUCUGUUCUUUCUCCUCCCUCCCCUCACAUAUCUCAUCCAAACCUCUCCCCUACCAGAAAUUAGCUUAACAAAUUCUGUAAAUAGAAAUUUAACUGUCCUGUCA